ACAACGCCAACAAGUAUAAAAAUACAGCGCAUUGUACCUCCUCUCUCGUCUUUCCGGUACCGUUCCGCCGCCGGCACCGCCGUACUCCGCCUAUCCGGGGGGAAGUAAUAGUACUGUACCUCUCCCGUUCUCCCUCUAUCCUUCCGCACCGGCAUCGCCGUACUCUGCCUUUGCCGACGGAAGUAAUAGCACUUAAAACCUAGAAGCAGUUAGUGGUUUCCAAUCUUCCUUAAAUUUGAGUUUUAAUUUUCGUUUCAUACUUGUUUCUGGGGCUACUCUUUGCUCGUAAUGAAAGGUGAUGGGUUAGGAGAAAGGAGAAAUAGAGAGCGGGAACGAAUAGUUGUGGAGAAAGUGGGAAAAGUUAUUUCCUCCAUCGAGGAAGCCAGGCACGUCGACGAAGUUAUUGUAUCUCUUUACUCUCUGGCAGUCUGCCUAUUCUCAAUACCUCCCGAUUCCAUUUCAGACAAUGUUGCUGAGAAAUACCGACGCGAGUUAUCAGCCAUGGAGGUCCCGACUGAAGAUGAGGGAACUGAAUGGUGGAAUGUUUUCUACAAGGGAUCAGGAUUCAGUGCUUUUGCUAAAAUUAUGUUAUAUGAUAUUGCUUCCAAUUGGCUCGUCUGUUUUCCACCACCUGCAAGAAAAUGUGUAUACAAUGUGUUCUUUACAAAUGGUUGUGCCACUGAGAUUGUUCAAGUGUUGGUUCCUUGCCUACAAUUCAGUGGAAAUAGCAAUCAUGACUCAAGUUCUGUGUGCUCAAAUGCUGAAAGAUUACUUGUGCUUUGUCUGCUGGAGAAUGAUAUGGUACUUCAGAUAGCUAGAGAAUUUGCUUCCGGUGGUCAGUUUGAAGAUGUCAGCCAUGAACAACUGAGGCAGACUAUUUCUAGGAUCUCUCAGCUUAUCACUUCUAUUCCUGACAAAGCAAGACGUGGUGCUCCUGCUGCGCUUUCUCCAGUUUCAUUCUACAAAAGACUUACCUCUCAGCUUCUCCUUGGAGCGGAAGAGUGGGAUGUGAAGCCUGUUGGCGAGUCAUCUGUUAACAAUCACGUUCCUAUGGAUGGCACCAUUCUUUUUGUUGGAGAAGCAUUUGCUCGGAUCAGUCGCCGAGGAUUUACUGACAUUCUUUUGAGUGAGGUGAUUCCACAGAUCCUUGAGUACAUUAGAAGCAUCUUAAACUCAACCUCUGAUCAAGAUAUUGGAAAAACCUUUGAGGCAAAACCUGGGUUCCGCUUCUGGUUAACGAUAAUGGAUGCAGUGAAUGAUUCUCAUUCUGUUGAAAGAAUAGCUGAAGAACUGCUAAAUCAGUUAGCUGUUCAAAAUGUUAAUGACAUCGAGGGUUACUGGAUUUUGUGGAUACUUUUUGGUAGGAUCUAUAAGCGCCUAACUUCAAUCAGGUUUAUGUUUGUAGAAAAGUUUUUACUCUGGAAAGUAUUUCCCACUUGCUGCUUAAGAUGGAUUAUUCAGUUUGCUGUGCUUGAAUGCUCACCAAACAGUGCCUCGUUGAAGUCUUAUAAUGCUUGUGGUCUCUCAGACACAGUGCACUGUCUUGUGGUAGCAUGGUCAAGGCAAGAGUUUGUGCAAUCAUCCCCAGUUGAGCAGCAAGCUUAUGUAACUGCUGCUCUGGGCCUUUGCCUGGAGAAGAUGACUAAACAAGAUCUGGAUAGAACAAAGGAUGGAUUGCACUCUAUCCUUAAAGGAGUUGGCUGCAGGUUGGAGAGUCCUGUAUAUUUGAUUCGAAAAAUGGCAAGCUCCGUUGCUUUAGCAUUUUCCAAGGUUAUCGAUCCCCAAAAUCCAUUGUAUCUUGAUGAUAGCUGUCAGGAAGAAACCAUUGACUGGGACUUCGGACUAGCAACCCACAACAAAGGGGUUUUGGCAGUAACAGGAGACAGUGGCAAGAAAAAGACUGAAGAAAGAGAAAGCUCUUCUACUGUGCUUAGCGGGAAUGAAACUGUGAACAGAGAAUAUAAUGGGGUCGGUAAAACCUCAAAAGUCAUAAAAAACUCUGAUUUUGAGUUAAUUGACCCAGAUGAAGUUAUUGAUCCUGCAACAUUAAAUAAUGAGUUCAAUGCUGAUGAAAAUGAGAUUGGCUAUGAAAGUGAGGAUUCUGAAACCUCAAGCAACUCAUCUUUACAGCCAUAUGACUUGACAGAUGAUGAUGGAGACCUGAAAAGAAAACUCUCACAGUUGGUUGAUGUGGUUGGAGCCCUUAGAAAAACAGAUGAUGCUGAGGGUGUUGAGAAUGCCCUUGAUGUUGCCGAGAAGCUAAUUCGAGCAUCAACAGAUGAGCUUAAGUAUCUAGCUGGUGAUCUGGCAAAAUGUCUUGUACAGGUUCGGUGCUCUGACUUAACUGCUGAAGGAGAAGAAGAAUCAGCUGAAGAAAAAAGACAAAAGGCACUCGUGGCAUUGAUUGUGACCCGCCCUCUCGAAUCACUUGAUAGUAUGAAUAAACUGCUUUAUUCACCUAAUGUGGACGUCAGUCAACGGAUAAUGAUAUUGGAUGUCAUGACUGAUGCGGCUCAGGAACUUGCAAAUUCUAAAAUAUUAAAGACAGAGCGCCGACCAAGGAAUCUUAUAUCUUCCACUUCUGAUCAACCGUGGUUUGUACCAAAAAACAUCGGUCCUCCAGGAACAGGGUCCUGGAAGGAAAUCCCAUCGACCGGAGCUCCAUUGAACUGGUCUUACUCCUACGAAAGAGAAUUGCCAUCCAAAGCAGGACAGGUCAAGAGAGGGAAAACACGUCGAUGGAGUCUUCAAACAGCACUGCAGGAUAACAAUAUGGAAUGGUCUCAAAAUACCUUUCCUCAGUAUGCAGCUGCAUUUAUGCUUCCAGCCAUGCAGGGAUACGAUAAGAAGAGACACGGAGUUGAUUUGCUGGGGAGGGAUUCUAUUGUCCUUGGAAAACUCAUCCACAUGCUCGGUGUGUGUAUGAAAUGCGCUGCAAUGCAUCCUGAAGCUUCUGUCUUGGCAUCCCCACUCUUGGAUAUGCUGAGAUCCAGGGAGAUAUCUCAUCACGCAGAAGCAUAUGUGCGAAAGUCUGUACUAUUUGCAGCUUCGUGUGUUAUUUUGGCCCUUCAUCCCUCAUAUGUUGCCGCUGCAGUUGUCGAAGGAAAUGCCGAAAUCUCUGAAGGGCUUGAGUGGGUUCGCACAUGGGCUUUACAGGUGGCUGACAAAGACAUGGACAGAGAAUGCCACACGCUGGCGGUGACAUGCCUCCAACUCCAUGCUGAGAUGGCUCUAGAAGCUUCUCGCGCGUUCGAGUCCUCAAGAGACAUAUCAUCUGCAAAGAGCAUUAAUCUGCUCCCAAGCACAUCGAAUAUAUCAGUUAAGAUUCCCUUUUUAGAUUCAUGAAAAUCGUGAUAUUGGCAGUUAUGUUUCAAAGAUUAAGCUUAUCCAUAUAACUCUCUCUCUAUGGGCAUUUAUUUUUUUGGCAGUGUUUGUAUAUUUUGUUCUAAUUUUUUUGUUUAAAAUAGUAGUUUAAUGUAGCAUUUUAUGCGAUUAUAGUUUAUUUUUAUGGAUAAUCAGGAAAGUUGUAUAGUAAAAAAAUCGAAAAAACAUUCAAAAUAAAAUAAAACCCUUGUGUG